AUGUCUUUCAGUGUCUCUGCUUUUAGCUGUGUUGUCAUUGCCAUUGACCGGUAUUUUGCCGUAGCCUAUCCAUUCAAGAGACCGUUUCAGGGCAAGAUGAAAAAGGUCAUUGCAGUAAUUUGGAUUGUUGCAGUCGUAAUCUGUUCUCCAGACUUGUACUUUUCUACCACAAUUCAAUAUGGCAACUUAGUGUAUUGUGUUGUACUUGACAAGAACUGGUCAUCAUACCUAUCUUACUAUUAUACAUUGCAAGGUUUGAAAAGUAUUUUGCCUAUGGUGCUCAUCACAAUCACCUACACUUUCACCAUCUUCAAACUUUAUCAUCGUCAAGUACCCGGAUUGCAAACAUCAGAACGAAGAAGAAGAAAGCAGCAGAAUAAAAAAGUGUUAAAACAUGCUGUGACAAUUGUGGUUUUGCUUUAUCUUUGUCGCGGGUUUUGGUUCACUGUUUAUAUGUUGUCUUCUCAAGGAAAGUUGGACUAUCUCUCGUUCUCAUCGUAUUAUAAUUUGGUGUAUGCCUCAUAUUUCAUUUAUUUCGUCAGUCUCGUGUACAAUUUCUUCAUCUACCUCAUCUUCAAUGAUAUUUACCGUGAGAAUAUCAAAGCUCUGAUACCCAAGUGUUGCUGUCGACGUGAUGCUAGCAGGAGGCAGGAAAGACCAGGUGGAGGAGCAGUUAUAGAAAUGAACGAACUGAAUUAA